AUGAGUCAACCAGAGUCUAGACUAAAAAUAUCGCAUGAGAUACAGGUGAAAAGACCCGUUUCAAGCAAUGCUCACCAGAAUAAUGCACAAAAAGUCACAACUUUGGGUGGCUUUAUAGCUGGUGGUGUAGCCGCAUGUGGGGCAGUUACCUUUACCAACCCAAUAGAAUUGAUCAAAACAAGGAUGCAACUUCAGGGCGAGCUAUCGAAACUGUCAGGACAGGCCAAGCUAUAUAAAAACCCAUUCCAAGCUUUCAAGACUAUCUAUGCACACGAAGGAAUACGAGGUUUACAGCAAGGAUUGAUUUGUGGUUACUUUUACCAGCUUGGAUUGAAUGGUUGUAGGAUUGGAUUUUACGAGCCGAGUCGAUACUAUAUCACCAGGUUGCUUACCCCAGCAAAUAUUGAAAAUGGACAUGUUCCACAAAACCUAUUCAUCAAUGUUGUUGCCGGAUUUGUAUCUGGAUCGGCUGGUGCAGUUUUGGCGUCUCCAUUCUUUUUGGUGAAAACCAGGAUGCAAUCGUAUUCGAAAACUGGUGCGGUUGGUCAACAGACAUAUUAUAGUGGAGCAUUUGAUGGUUUACGGCUGAUCUAUAAAGCGGAAGGUUUCAAAGGAUUAUACCGUGGCGUGGAUGCAGCCAUUUUGAGGACGGGUGCUGGUUCUGCGGCCCAAUUGCCAGUAUACAACUUGACAAAAGGCUUUGUUUUGAAGCACCACAUUGCCAAGGACAAUACGUUAUUGUUACAUUUCAUAAGUGCGUCAAUGGCUGGUCUAGGCGUAGCAAUUGUGAUGAAUCCCUGGGACGUUGUGUUGACAAGAAUGUACAACCAAAAGGGAAACUUAUACAAGGGACCUUUGGAUUGUUUCCGGAAAACUAUUGCUAUCGAAGGCCCAAUGGCCUUGUACAAGGGUUUUUGGGCUCAAUUGUUUAGAGUUGGGCCUCAUAGUAUCUUGACGUUGAUUUUUAUGGAGCAAUGCAUGAAUGCAAUGGUUAAAAUUGAACAUAGACUUGGGUUGGCUCCUGCCUGA